AUGGCCACAUCAAAAGCAAUCUCGUUGUCGCAGUUUUUUGUGAAGUUCUGCAGUGCAUGGAAAGGCACACGCGGGAAAUUUGGCUUUGAUCAAAAAAACGCGAAAGAUGGCUGCCUCCCUCUACCUAGCAAGCUUGGUCUUGCCGUCAGCGGCGGUGCCGACUCCAUGGCCUUGGCAUAUCUAUGCCGACAGCUAGAAAAAUCGGAACUUGCAGGUCCAAUCUCCGUUACCGCAUUUGUGGUAGACCACUGUGCUCGUCCAGAGAGCCACCAUGAAGCGCAGACUGUGGUCGGCUGGUUGACCAAUAUGGGGAUCAAAACAAAGGUUCUACACCUGGACUGGUCUCCAUUUUCUACAGAUCAAAAUAUUCCACAUCAAGAUAAUACAGGAUUAACGCCACUUCCGUCUGCUUUUGAAACUCAUGCACGACGUCUUCGGUUUCAGGCUCUUGGUGAAGCCUGUCGAGAAUGUGAUAUUGAGGCCUUGCUCAUGGGCCAUCACCGCGAUGAUACGGUCGAAACCACCAUUUGGCGACUCUCUUCCGGAGCUCGAGGCGCCGGCCUUGCAGGUAUUCCCGGCAUAGCUCGAAUUCCAGAAUGUCAUGGCCUUUUUGGAGUUUCAGAGAGCGGGUCAUCGAUGAAGCUUACUCGCAAGAAGAGUUAUUAUCCUCAAGCCCUGGUACGCCUCGAUGAGAAGAAUCAAGGCAGCAUUCAUUUUACUUCAAAUGAAAAUGAAAACCCCCUGGGUUCUAUGUCAUCGUCAGGCUCACAAUCACGUCAAGUCUCCAAAGGAGUCUCCAUCGCAACAGGCGGUGUCCUUCUCUGCCGGCCUCUUCUCGCUUUCCCCAAAGCUAUGUUGUUAGAGACCUGCCACCAGAACAAGGUUCCAUAUGUCUCGGAUCCAACAAACUUCGACCCUACUCUGACUCCCCGAAAUGCAAUACGUAGCAUGCUUGCUUCUAAUUCCUUGCCACAAGCUCUGCGGGCUCCUUCCAUUAUCUCAUUAGUCCAUGCAAGCCGGAGCCAUCUUGAGUCAACCGCACAACUCUCAAAUCAAAUGCUUUCAUCUCGAUUCCGCAUUCUCGACUUGAACCUGGAAACUGGUACAAUGGUCCUGCAGAUCUUGGAGGCUCCUACAGUCCCUGAUCUUUUGCAAGGGCUUUCAACAGAUCACACUCUCUACACCCAAUGCCAUGCGCUCCGCCGCCUUACUGAAAUUAUAUGUGCCUCUCCUGGGACUUCAAUUUCUCUGAAUCGAUUUGAGCCGUUUACAUCUCGCGUGUUCGAACAACAAGAUGAUGGUUCAAAGAUAAGCCAGGGCCAAGCCAGAAAAUCUUUCACUCUUGGGGGCGUCAUGUUCAACCCCCUUUCUACCAUUUCCACAGGGACAUGCCACACCUCUCCAUCGGGUGGAAACAACAUAUGGCUCCUCUCGCGCCAGCCAUUCUGGAAAAAUAAAUCUCCGGCCCUGCGUUUCGAUGUUCCAGUAUCAAACUUCGCGUUACCCAAUUCUUCACCUGCCUCGACAUCUUUUGGGACAUCCACACCAUGGAAGUUAUGGGACGAUCGAUACUGGUUCCGAUUCACCCUAACACUGAUUAAUAAGGACGCUCAAAGAAAACCCGCUGGUCAAACAGCCAACGUACCGUUUGUUAUCCGACCAUUUCAGAAGUCUGAUAUUACGAAGAUUCGCAAUAGCCCGAGAUCCAUGGCGAUACAAGAUGGAGAGCAGAGAGCGAAGAAGACGGCAGUCAUGUUGACCCAAUUACGAAAGUUGCUAUCAUCCGCAGCUCCGGGUUCGACCCGAUAUACGGUGCCGGUCCUCACUGUGGUGGAGGAGUCCGAUGGCUUGAAGCAAUCAGUUUGCCUCCAUGGUGAUCACUUAUUAGCGCUUCCAACCCUUGAUUUUUGCCUUGAUGCUCAAUCGAAACAAACGGGUACCAAUGAGAUGAAGUUUCCUUAUGGAGAAGAAGAAUACAAGGUGGCAUGGGAAUGGAUGUACAAAAUGGUUGACACCGAGGCAUUACGCUUUAUGCGCGCCCCAGUCGAGGCUGGAUCAGCUAUUGUACACAAUAAUAGUCUAGACAAAUAA